AUGGGGACGGUGACGGGUCCCCCCCAGGACCCCGACGCCGCGGGACACUACCAGUUCCGUGUCAUCGUGCUGGGGGACGCGGCGGUGGGGAAGUCGUCAUUGCUGCGCUGCUUCGCGGAGGGUCCGGGCGGGGGUUAGCUCUGGGACACGGCUGGCCAGGAGAGGUUCAGGUCUGUGACUCGCUCCUACUACCGCAACUCGGCCGGGGGGAUGCUGCUCUUCGACCUCACCAACCGCACAUCCUUCGAGAGCAUCCGGCAGUGGCACCGGGAGGUGACCGACACGGUCCAGCCAUUCCGCAUGGUUUUCUUGCUGGUGGGGCACAAGAGCGACCUGGCGGGGCAGCGGCGGGUGGGCAGGAAGGAGGCGGAGAAGCUGGCGGCCUCGCUGGGGGUGCAGUACGUCGAGACCUCGGCCAAGGACGCCAGCAACGUGGUCCAGGCUUUCCAGAUGUUGACCUCGGCCAUCUACCAGGCACUGCAAACGGGGCGGCUGGCUGCCACCGAGGCGUGGGACGGGGUGAAAUGCAGUGUCCCGCUGCCGGCGCUGCUCAAGGCACGGGCGCCGGAGAAGGAAGAGAAGAGGAAGAGAUGCUCGUGCUAG